AUGCCUAGUCACGAUGUCUUUCGCUCGCUGCGCCUGCUGUCACGCAGCUCGGGCGGACUCAUGUCUGGUCCGAAGCAAGUGACGCAGCGAUGCCUCACACGGUCAAUGGCAACAGAAGCCAAGCCUACAACACCCAUCGAGACACAAAAUGCCACCGAGGCCCCCCAAGCACAACGGCCCGGAGGCCAACUCCCUGUUCAAGUCGUGACCUACCGCUGGCCUGACAUGAAACCCGAACGCAUGAUUCACUAUUCGCGGAGACUCCUUCAAAUGCCCAUUCGUCAUGAUAUCCUUCACCGCGCAGUCGUCUACGAGGGUGAUGCAACCCGGCAAGGAACAGCCAGCACCAAGUGGAGGGACGAUGUGCACGGUAGUCACAGGAAGCUGUACGCACAGAAGGGCUCCGGUCGUGCCCGUGCAGGUGACAAGCAAUCGCCAGUUCGCCGCGGUGGUGGUGUGGCCCACGGACCCCAUCCUCGCGAUUUCUCGACCGAUCUGCCACGAAAGAUUUAUGCCCAAGCCUGGCGCAUCGCCCUCAGCUACAGGCACGCACGCGGCGAAUUGAUUGUCGUGGAGAACUCAAUUACUCUCCCCGAAGAGGCCACUCCGUUUUUCGUCAGGAACGUCGCCACGGCUCAUGGCUGGGACCAGAAGAAGGGUCGGGUAACACUCAUUACACGGAAGGCGGAUGAGAGGUUGUUCCAAGCAGCCGAGAAGUUCCAGAAGCACGUGAAAUGCAUCGAAUUUGCGGAUGUGGAUGUGAAGGAUAUGCUGGAGACAGGGAGAAUCGUUAUUGAGAAGGAGGCAUUGCACAGGCUUUUGCGCGAGAACUCUACAGACCUGACUCAGGAGGACAGAGUCUGGUCGCCUUCACUAGACGGAAAGGAAAUACUCCAGCUGGGCCGCCCUCGGGCUUGA